AUGUUUUGAAAAUCAGCUAUGUAUGACUAAAGGUUACGAGGGCAUACAGUCUUGGUGGUUUCCACCACUAGAAACCGUGUUAUUGUAUUCGGUACCACCUUCUCAACCAGGGUUCCAUCUUCCCGCAUUUAACCUGUACAUAUGGGAAUUGGUAUUUCGGGACCUGUUGCGGGACCAGUCUGUUUUAAGCAAUAGAGAUCCUUGGGCUAGAGGCCUGGGGAAAGGGACUCCGGGACAUGGAUCACUUACUUUGAAUCCUCUUUCAGAUACGGAUUUCCAGAAAUUAGAGAAGUGUUUUGGAAAGAAUAGAUUGGAAGGAGCCUCACUAACGCUAUACCCUGUUCCAAUAUCUAACUGCAUAAUAGUGGCUAAUCUAGCAUCGGAAGUAACGAAAGACACUGUUGUGUACUACUUUGAAAAUACUCGAAAAAGUGGUGGUGGACAAGUUGAGGAGGUAGUGAUGUAUGAAGAUCACACAUGCCUCGUAUACUUUACAGAUUUUAAAUUAAUUGAUACAGUUUUAGAAAGGAAACACAAUUUAUGUGGAAAACACCUUAUUGUGAAACGUUACCAGGAUUGCCUUGGCAGACCAGAAGGAGAAAAAGCUGAAAAAAUGUUACGUAUACCAGAAGACUUGGUGCUUAAGGAUGUUGACCCUCAAAAAAUAAAAUUCUUGAAACAUUCAAAUGUGAAUCGUUCAGUUUUAGAAACAAAGCUAGACACUGCUUACACAAAGAUAUGUUGGCCUCAUGGAACUGGACAUGUUGUAUUGGCAUGUACAUUAACAGGAAAAGUGAAGAACUGUUUCAAACUGAGUAAGCAAUGGAAGGAGACAGCAGAGCACAACUUUCGAGAAUGUUUGAAGAACAUUAUUGUUAACAAAGUGCCAGUGCUGCAGGAUAUUUGGUCUGAAGUAAUGGAAGAACUAAAAGCUGUCACAAUAGAUAAUCCGGAAGCUGUUGCUAUAUUUGUAGAUAACAAUGAGGGCACUAUAAUAGUUGUAGGGAACAAACGUAUUACUGAAAGUUUUUCAAAGAAGAUUGAUGACAUCACAAAAAAUGUCAUGGCAGAAGCAGAAAAGGAACGUGAAAAAAUUAAAGAAGUUUUCACGGCAUUGAAAUUGAUUGAAACAAGAAUGCUUUUAGCUGACAAAUUUCCCACAGAAAUGGAGAAACUCUUCCCUGACCUAAAGGUGAACAUAAACCAAAACAAAAAUGAGAUCGUUUUUGAAGGGCCAUUAGGGCAGGUACGUGAUGCAAAGUUGAGGAUCAGCCGGAUUGUUUCUUUUGAAACAAACGAAAGAUCAUAUAGUGAAAAAUUAAAAGCUAGUCAUCUCGCAGCAGUGUGGGAUGUCAUAGACGGAGGUUUGGUUGUAUACAGCACAUCUGAUGAACAAAUUCAAGAUUGUUUGAGUGUAAUACGUGGGUCAGUCAUUGAAAACACUAUUGGUCUGAAAAAAGCUUCCAAAACAGUGGUGAACUCAGAAAGUUGGCAAACUAAAGUUGACGAAUUAAAUGCCAACCAUACAGGAAAAAACUACAUAAAAGUACAAGAGGAUGCUAGUAAAGUUCAUAUUUGUGCUACUGAUGAUAUAUCAAAUGAAAUAGUAGAUAGUGUGAAAGCAUUCCUUCUUAUGAACACUGUGACUGAAGUAAAAGUUCCAUGUAACAGUAAUGUCCAUCGUCUGAUUGAAAUGCAUCAUAAAAUCGAACUUCAAAAUAUUGCAAAAUGUUUACAGCGCAGUCAUGUACAGAUAGGGUCAAUAUCAGGAUAUGGCGGAUUUGAAGUCCACGGACCAGAAGAUGGUAUCCAAGAAGUAAGAUCAAAUCUGUUGGCAUUAAUAAAAAGAAUCCAACAGCGUGAACAUACCUUGAGCAAACCGGGAUUAGCCCAACUCAUGAAAACCGCGAAAGGAAAAGAUAACCUCAAUACAAUAGAAUGCACACUGCCAUGUGUGGUGUCGGUGAAAGGGGAUGAUUAUGCUGAGGAAAUUUGUGAUGAUCCCUAUGAUUUAAUUCCAGCAGAUAGUGGAGUGAAUGAAAAUAUUGGAAUUAAAGGACUAAGAAUCAUAGGUUAUUGUAAGGCAAGCGAUUGUAGAAAUAUAUACACAGCAGAGGGGGAUAUGACAGAACUGACUGUUGAUAUGAUUGUAAACUCAGUUGAUGACAAACUUAGUUUAACUGGAGGACUUGGUAAAACUCUCGUACAAAAAGGUGGUAGAGAAAUACAGAAGGAAUGUUCGUACUACAUAAGUUCUGAAGGCAGACUGCAAGACGGGGAUGCAUUUGUUAGUACUGCAGGAAAGUUAAAGGCAGAUUCUAUCGUACACGUAAGGGGACCAGUUUGGAGGGGAGGCAAGAUGAAGGAAGAUGAGAUGUUAACAGAAGCUGUUUUGAAGUGUCUCCGGCAAGCUUCUGCAAAAAGUCUUACAUCCGUUGCGAUACCUGCCAUGAGCCGCGGCGCAUUCGGAUAUCCUAUAUCUAAAGCCACCUCGGUAAUAGUGGAAGCUGUAAAGAUCUUCUUCCAUGAAGUUCGAGAAAGCACCGUAACCGACAUAUACUUAUGUGAUCAGAACUUAAAAGCGGUUGAAGCAUUUAACGAAGCACUGAGAAGAGUAUUUGGGACAACAAAUUUUCAGAAAUUCGUUCUUAAAGAGAAUGAUAGGCCACAUCCGACCCCUAGAAAGGCUAAGAAUAUCUUCUUUACAGGAUGGUGGAGUCGAGAAAAAGCAGAUGAUCAGAAUAGAAGAUCAAAAGGGAACAAAAAAACCCAGACACUAACGGAUCCUAAUUCAGUAACAUUUGUUAUACUUGCUUUGUCGGAAGAUAUAAUCAACCAAGCUGUUAAGAAAUUGGAAAGCUGCUUUGAAAAAGAUAUCCACUUUAAACUCUUUGAGGAUAGUAUAAUAAUGAAAAUGGAUGAAAAUCAGGUGAUGGAAAUUGAAGCAAUUGCUAGGCAGUUCCACCUCGAGAUGCAACUGGAAUCAGAUAAGGGACAUAUACUAAUAUCUGGUAUUUCCUCGAAUGUCAUGUCUGCAUCUGAUAAGAUUCAUAGGAUAAUGCGAGAUGCUGCUUCUCUUGAGCAAGCAAAACAUUCGGCGGCACUUAUGAGUAGUCUUGUCCAGUGGAGCUACAUUGACAUAGGAGAAUAUUACAUGUCACUGAUACCAUAUGACAAGGAUUUGAAUUACAAAAUAGAAACUGCAUACAUCUCAAAAGCACAAAAUGUAAAAUUCAGUGUUGAUAGAGUCAAAUAUGUGCUGGAUUUCAAUGCAUUGGAAGAGUACCCUGAGGAUUAUGUGUGCGAUGUUGCUACAGUUUUACGUAGGGAUCUAGUGAAGCAGGGUGCCUUUGAACAACCAGCACAUUGGACAGAUAUACCUGAAUAUCUUAGAGUUGUGGUAGAACCGACUUCAAGUCAAGAAUAUCAAGAUGUAUCACAACAGUUUGUGGCUUCUGCUGGUGCUGGUUUUACUGUUGUUGAGGUCGAGUUUGAAACUGGUUUUUCUGUGAUUAAAGUUUUGAUAAGUUUGGUUUAG